AUGGGCACCGCCCAACAAACCCGCAGCCAUGCCGGCCAUGGCCACGGCCACCACCAUCACGGCCACCACCACCACCACGACAACACCUACCUAACCUCCACCAACAAAAACGACGCCGGCGUGCGCAUCACCCGCAUCGGCCUGUACUCCAACCUCGGCAUGGCCAUCGCCAAGGGUGCCGGCGGCUACGCCUUCAACUCGCAGUCCAUGAUCGCCGACGCCUGGCACUCCCUAACCGACCUAGCCUCUGACGUCCUGACCCUCGCUACCGUCUCAUGGAGUCUGCGCUCCCCCACGCCCGCAUUCCCCCAGGGGUUUGGUAAAGUGGAGAGUCUGGGGUCGUUGGGUGUGUCGAGUAUGUUGCUGGUGGGCGGGCUGUUUAUGUGUGUCAGCAGCUGUGAGAGUCUGUAUGCGCAUUUCUUUUUGGAUGCGGAGGCUGCGAGGCAGUUGUUGGAGCAUGGGCAUAGUCAUGGGCAUUCUCACGGACAUGGGCAUGGACAUGGACAUGGGCAUGGAGGCGGCGCGCCGAGUCUGCAUGCCGCCUGGUUGGCAGCGGGGACCGUCGCUGUUAAGGAGUGGUUAUACCACGCCACAAUGAAAGUAGCCCGCGACCGCAAAUCCUCCGUGCUCGCCUCCAACGCCGUGCACCACCGCGUCGACUCGCUCACCGGCAUCGUCGCCCUAGCCGCCAUCCUCGGCGCCAACCUCCUGCACGACGCCACCUGGCUCGACCCCGUCGGCGGCCUCUUCAUCUCCCUCCUCGUCAUCCGCGCCGGGUUCUCGAACACCCUUUCCGCCUUGUACGAGCUUGCUGACCGGUCGAUCGAUGAGGAUGUGCGGGCGUCCGUGGCGAAAUAUGUUCGGAGGGGUCUUGCUGAGAUCGGGACGGACACUGCCGCCACUUCUAAUACGGGAACCGGAUCUGAACGGCCACUGGUAACAAACGCCCAAGCAACAACCCAAGUCCACCUCCGCGACAUAACGGGCGUCAAAUCCGGCCAAAACUACCUCGUCGAUCUCGAACUCGGCGUCCCCGCCCAGUGGACCGUCGAGCAAGUCCGUGUUGUCGAGGCGGCUGUGCGCACCAGGGUCGGCGCCAAGGUGCGGGGUGUGCGGCGGGUGCGGAUUCGAUUUGUGCCGAACCCAGACUCUGGGGAGGUACUGGCGGACCCGGCGUUUGAUGAGUUUAUUAGGGGGGAUGUGAGUCCCAGGAGUAGUCCGGAGCCGGAAGAGGAGGAGGAGAAUGGGAAUGGGCAUGGGAAUGGGAAGAGCAAUGGGAAAGGACGGAAGGAUUUGUAA